CCAGCCAUUUAGUCACGUGACGCCACAAAAUCUCGUCUCAUCCCGCGAGAUGUGGACGUAGUCGCUGGCGCUGUCAGCGGAAGCGAAAUUUAGCACUCCAAACCGCAUUUAAAAAAUAAUACAAAUCUCCACGCAAAGAUGUCAACCAGGCUGAUGAAGGCGGAGCGAUGCCCGACGGACAAGCUGUCCCUCACCAACUGCGCCGUCAUCAACGAGAAAGAGCCGCAGUUUGAGCAGCACGUAACGGUGCGCAACCUCACGCACAAGUACGUGUUCACCCUGAAGACGCAUCCCAGCGUCAACGUGGGCAGCAUCGCCUUCAGUCUGCCGCAGAGAAAAUGGGCCGGUCUAUCCAUCGGACAAGAGGUCGAAGUCUCCAACUACACGUUUGACAAGUCCAAGCAGUGCAUCAGCUCCAUGACGGUGGAGAUCGACUUCCUGCAGAAGAAGAACGCCGACAGCAACCCGUACGACUCGGACGUGAUGGCCAACGACUUCAUCCAGCAGUUCAACCACCAGGCCUUCAGUACGGGCCAGCAGAUGGUGUUUAAGUUUGGCGAGAAGCCGUUUGAUGUGCUGGUGAAAGAUAUGGAAGGUAUGGACCCCAGCAUCCUCAAGGGCGACCAGAGCUCGGUCAAAAAAACAAAGAUUGAGAUCGGCCUGUUGCUGGCAAACAGUCAGGUGAUCUUCGAGAAGGCGGAGACUUCCUCCAUGACGCUGAUUGGGAGAUCCAAGACCAGAGAGUCUCGCCAAUCCAUCAUCAGUCCAGACUGGAACUUCGAGAAAAUGGGCAUCGGCGGCCUCGACAAGGAGUUUUCCGACAUCUUCCGCAGAGCCUUCGCGUCGCGGGUCUUCCCUCCCGAGAUCGUGGAACAGAUGGGCGGCAAGCACGUGAAGGGCAUCCUGCUGUACGGGCCGCCGGGCUGCGGGAAGACGCUGAUGGCGCGGCAGAUCGGCAAGAUGCUCAACGCCCGCGAGCCCAAGAUAGUCAACGGGCCCGAGAUCCUCAACAAGUACGUCGGCGAGUCGGAGGCCAACGUUCGCAAGCUGUUCGCCGACGCCGAGGACGAGCAGAAGAGGCUGGGCACCAACAGCGGGCUGCACAUCAUCAUCCUGGACGAGAUCGACGCCAUCUGCAAGCAGCGAGGCAGCAUGGCGGGCAGCACGGGCGUGCACGACACGGUCGUCAACCAGCUGCUGUCCAAGAUGGACGGCGUGGAGCAGCUCAACAACAUCCUGGUCAUCGGUAUGACCAACAGGCCAGACCUGAUCGACGAGGCCCUGCUGCGUCCUGGGAGACUGGAAGUCAAAAUGGAGAUCGGCCUGCCGGACGAGAAGGGUCGCGUCCAGAUCCUGAACAUCCACACGGCCAAGAUGCGUCAGUUCAAGCUGCUGGCCAGCGACGUGGAUGUCAAGGAGCUCGCCGUGGAGACCAAAAACUUCAGCGGGGCGGAGCUGGAAGGCCUGGUCAGGGCGGCGCAGUCCACCGCCAUGAACAGACACAUCAAGGCCAGCAACACGGUGGAGGUCGACAUCGAUACGGCGGAGAAGUUGCAGGUCAGCAGGCUGGACUUCAUGGCUUCCCUGAACAACGACAUCAAACCCGCGUUCGGAACCAACCAGGAGGACUACGCCAGCUACAUCAUGAACGGCAUCAUCCGCUGGGGUGACCCGGUGUCGGCGGUUCUGGAGGACGGGGAGCUGCUGGUGCAGCAGACUAAGAACAGCGAACACACGCCGCUGGUGUCCGUUCUGCUGGAGGGUCCACCCAACAGCGGGAAGACGGCCUUGGCGGCCAAGAUCGCCGAAGACUCCCAGUUCCCCUUCAUCAAGAUCUGCUCGCCCGACAAGAUGAUCGGACACUCCGAGAUCGCCAAGUGCCAGGCCGUUAAAAAGAUCUUCGAGGACGCCUACAAGUCUCAGCUGAGCUGCGUGGUGGUGGACGACAUCGAGCGCUUGCUGGACUACGUGCCCAUCGGCCCUCGCUUCUCCAACCUGGUCCUGCAGGCUCUGCUGGUCCUCCUGAAGAAGCCGCCGCCCAAGGGCCGCAAGCUGCUGAUCAUCGGCACCAGCAGUCGCAAGGACGUCCUCCAGGAAAUGGAGAUGCUCAACGCCUUCAGCACCACCGUCCACAUUCCCAACAUCUCCAGCGGCGAGCAGCUGAUGGAGGCACUGGAGCUGCUGGGAAGCUUCCAGGAGAAGGAGAGGGCGGCCAUCGCCCACGCCGUCAAGGGCCAGGGCCUCUGGAUCGGCAUCAAGAAGUUAAUCAUGCUCAUAGAGAUGGCGACACAGAUGGACGCCCACUACCGAGUUAGCAAGUUCUUGAGUCUGCUGCGAGACGAGGGAGCACUGGGUUCGUUCGUGCCGAUGUAGAAUCGCCGCAGCCACCUCCGACAGAUGUUCAAUCGAUCAAGUGAUUUUCCCUCCAGACAAAGACAAACGUCCUCCCGUCGCGAAGCAUUCUGGAGACAAGGACCGCGUACCGGAUCUCGUGUAUAUUGUAAUUGUUGAUCAGCGACGUCCAUUUUGUAUCGAAAGAACGCAAAAAAACACGGUUGUACUCCUGAUCAUUCCGCACACCUCAAGUGUUUUGUUGUGUACUCGCUUUUUCUUUUAUGAAUAAAUUAUGACUCCAAAAAAGC